ACUUCACCACCCGUCUUGACACUGUCCCUGUCGUCCCUGUGUCAAAUCAAAAUCAAUAACUUGUAGCAGAAACCCUGUAAAUAAAUGUUUUGUUUUAUAACAAGUUUGGAAUAAUUUAUGUGCCCGAUCGGGAGUUUUUCAUAAAUAGAUUUUUAGUCUAGUGAUUAUAAAUACGUACUUUUCCAUUGAUUUUAUUUUGUAGUAAAUUACAAGCAAGUUAUAUGUUGUCAACUUACACUCUUGCUGUAGGGGUUGAUUUAGGAAAUCCAGCAAUGUCUUUUGGUAAAGCCCGUUUUCAAUGAGUUAUUUGAGAAUGAUUUUUUGUUCAUGUAGCUACAUGUUAUUGAAAGUGUUUGUCUCUUGAUCGCGAUCAUCUAACAAGCAGGAUAUGCACUUACAUUUUGAAAGAAAUACCAAUACAAAGUGUGACUGCACAAUACUGUCUUUAUCAUGGAUGGGAAAAGUACCUGAUGAACUUCCUGAGGAUGAAGGAUGGAAGUUGAACCGCACCAAUUACUAUCAAGAAGGUUGGCUUGCUACUGGAAAUGUGAGAGGCAUUGUUGGUGUCACCUUCACCACAUCGCACUGCAACAAAAAUCUUGAAACACCGUCUAGAACCAACUACAACCUAAGAGGACAUCGUUCUGAAGUUAUACUAGUGAAAUGGAACGAGCCUUAUCAGAAGCUGGCGUCAUGCGACAGUUCGGGAGUGAUAUUCGUGUGGAUCAAGUACGAGGGCCGAUGGAGCAUAGAGCUGAUCAACGACCGCAACACCAGAGUCACGCACUUCAGCUGGUCGCACGAUGGCCGAAUGGCUCUCAUCUGCUAUCAGGUGUAUUUCGGUACCAGUAAUGGACAAAUAGUAGUGAUGGACGUUCACGGUGCAAUGGUUGCUGUGGUCGAGCUGAGCAACCAGGUUGGAAUUGUGUCAAUGGCAUGGUCUUGUGAAAAAUUCAAAAUGGAGGAGUGUGACGACAACAUAGACACGAGCAAAUACGUGCUGGCAGUGAGCCUGGAGAACGGGUACGUGUAUCUGGUGAAGACGCACGACGACGUGUCUCCGAUCCGCAUCCAGACCGGACUGAACCCGCUGCACGUGGAGUGGUCCAACUCGAGGGAGUUGCUGUCCGUGGCCGGCACAGUCGCCAACACUGAGUACACCAACAUGGUCAAGGUCUACACGCUCAACGGCACACUCCUCUACUCUGCCCUUCUGCCGCAAGCACCGUACCCGGUGACGGCUCUGACGUGGGGCCACAACGACAAGCGGCUGUUCGUGGCGGUGGGCUGCGUGGUGCACAUGGCGUGGGUGUCAAUGCGCAUCGCCUCGCUGCAGCUGCUCUCCAGUCUGCAGCUUUACAGCCGGCUGCAGGGAGGCCUCGCACAUGUACCCCUCCUGCCGCUGCCGCAGCGCAUUCAGCAGCUCGUCUCAAAGCUAUUCGCGCACACCAUUCGGUGCUGCGUGCCGGAAGGGUCGGGCCUGAGGGAGUUUGUGAGUCGCGCGCCCAAAGUGCGGCUGCACUGCACGAUGCUGCGUCACGAGGAGGACAUUGCUGCCAACUGCUACACGCUCUACCUCGAGUACCUCGGCGGUCUAGUGCCUUUACUCAAGGGAAAACGAACCAGCAAACUAAAACCUGAAUUCGUCAUUUUCGACCCACAAAUAAGCGAUGCGGCGUGUGUAUCGGAGCAUAUAAUAGCGCAGAAUGCGAGCAGUGGCUACGGCACGGGCAGCGACAGGGAUGACUCGGAUGCAGAGGACGGCUGUGCGAGUCCCAGGCUCACCCGGCGGCAUAAAAACACCAAAAACCACUCUCAACAGUAUAUCGACACUUUACCUGAGGACCUGAAACUAGCGGAAGUGACGUCGAACAUUUGGGGCACUAAGUUUCGGAUACAGGGCGUGUCGCAGGGCCUGGCCACCAACCUGGGUCAGGUGACGUACAAGACGUCACUGCUGCACCUGCAGCCACGGCAGAUGACGCUGCUGAUGGCCGGUGAUGGCCCCGCUGACUCCAACAACUCCAACAACAGUCACGGCCACUUCGAUGACGACGAUGAUGGACCCGGACUGGAGCCACGAGGCGCGGGCGGCAUAGUUCCGCCGGUGGCGCCGCUUUCGCGAUCCAGAUGCCACUGUCGCAGCGGGGGCGGGGGUGUGGGUGGUGGCGGCAAGGGAGGCGGUGGAGUGGCAGCGAGGGGGGGCAGUGGAGGCGGAGGCGGCGCAGAGUGCUUCAUGACGCGCAGCUCGUUCCGCGACUGCGAGUGCGGAGGCGGCGGUGGCCUUGGCGGGGGCGGUGAUGGAGGCGGUGGUUUGGGCGGUGUUGGCGGGGGCGGGUGUGGAGGCGGAGGCGGCGACGACAGCCCGGCAGGGGGGUCGCGGCGGGGGGGCGGCGUGGUUCGCAGCUGCUCGGUCGGCUACCUGGACCUGGUGGAGUCGGCCCAGCAGACCAACACGCGGCUGGUGCUCGUCCGACAGACCAAGGCACCACGCCUCACGCACUGCGGCAAGAGUCGCAGCCUCGACUCGUCCGACAUGCGGCUGGGUCUCACAGACCCCAUCACCGCAAACGGCCCCCCCAAGUCCCCCCUCAACCAUCUCAACCCCCCGCGCAGCUCGCCCGCCAGUCCCGCGCCCACCAAGAAGAAGCGCAACCUGUCUUCGUCGCCUAUACGAAAACGAUUAUUGAACUCGCCUUUGUUAUCAAGAAGAUUGAGAAGGCGUGCCGAUAACGAAUACCAAGACCUGGAAAGUUUCCAGAAAGCUCAAUUAAGGAAUAAAUUGGAGUUGACUUCGAAGCGUCGAGAAUUUGUGAUGCACAACAAAGCUCCCAUGUGGAAUGAGACUAGUCAAGUGUACCAGCUCGAUUUCGGAGGCCGUGUCACUCAAGAAUCAGCCAAAAACUUUCAAGUGGAAUUCCGUGGAAAGCAGGUAAUGCAGUUCGGCCGCAUAGACGGCAACGCGUACACUCUGGACUUCCAGUACCCGUUCUCGGCCGUUCAGGCGUUCGCAGUCGCCCUGGCCAACGUCACUCAGCGCCUCAAAUAAUGCCACCUCUGAUGACGUCACCUGCUGCCAUCCACAUUGUUCAUUUGUUGCUCACAAUCAAUGAAGUCUAGUCUAGUCAGUGAUUUAAUGUUUAUAAUAAUACUACGAUAUUGAGUUUAGUUUUCGGCUGUAAAUUACUAUUGUCAUUGAUUCCAGAACAGAAACGAAAACAUAGGUUUGUAAGGAAACAGAUCUAGUCAUUUUGAUAGAAAACAAUGGAGGUUUAUCUUGUGGAGUUAUACAUUCAAUUGAAGCCUUCGAUGAUAUUUGUAAUUGAGAUUAAAUAUAUUGAUAAUAAUUAGUAAUAAAGCUGUAGAUGGAAUAACGAUGAUUUGCAGUAGUGUAACUGGAUCGAUAAUGCAUUAUUCACGUUGGUUGUCGAAAUCUUCUUUAUAAUAAAUUAAGGCAUUAUAAAUUACCAUACCAGACAAGUUAAGAAAUUCAGACUGACAAUAAUUGGCUCUCCUGACUCACGUAUCUUCAAAUGAUCAUUUCGUUCUUAGUCAACAAUAUUUUCUUACAAUAUUCCUGAAUUAUUACAAUAUUUCUUAUAAUAGUGUCUCACACUUUAUAAACCCAAUGUGUCUCUUCCGUCAGGUGCUAUAUGGUUCCAUAUCUACCAACUACAAUUUUCGAUUCACCUAUCAAUAAAUUUAUUCCUACUAUGACGUCUUGAUGAUUAUAUCGUUCUAUGUGUGAAUUUAUUUAUAUUUGAUGAUGAUGAUGAUGUUGAUUUCUGGAUCAACACUAACUGCGAUGUAUAUAACUCAAUGCUCACCUUUUUUCUUGAUCUUGUGUCAUUAUCUGUGAAAAAAAUGAAACAUCCACACCGUGACGAACAAAAAGCUAACAAAGUUUAUAGAUUUUAAAUUGUUUGAAAUACGUCUUAUUUCACUUGAAAUAGCUAUGAAUCAUUCUUGAAAAUUAUUGUAAUUCUUGUUUUGUGUUUGAGUCAUUUUUUCAUCAAUCAAAUAAUGUGCUUUUGAUUCGAUUAUUCUGCGUAUUUAUUAAUCAAUAUUUAUAAUUUUCAGUAUUGCAAUAGCUAUUUUCAAGCUUUGUGCAUGAAUUUAACUUUAAUUUUAAUAAUAUUCUAAAAUAACCGUUGUGAAUUCAUUGAGACUACUAUUUAUAAUCUUCACUGAUAAUACUAUUAGCCUACUCUAUGUAUCUAUUACACUAUCUAAUGUAUUUGUUAGAUACUCAUCGAAAAUUUAGUAAAUUCACUACAGUAUUUUUAUUAUAUAUUGUCUAGAUUUUUCUAGUGGCUUUUUUAUAGCCAGAUAGUACAAGUUUCUAGAAAAUCUAUUCUCAUUCUUGAAAAAAUGUACAGAAGUCUCAAACUUGAGAACCAAAAAUUUUCUUAAUGUUAAUUUGAAACUUGUUCUAUUCGAAUAAAUUCUCUUUCCUUUAUGUAUAUUAUUGUAUUCAAAUUUCAUAUUCAUUCCUUUGCUGUUAUGAUACUUUUUUGUUUUUCAAAUUAUUCAAUGGUACAUGUAUACCUGUCAAUUAUUAUUUCAUGUUUUUCUGAGUACUACUGUAGUGAAUGUAAUCUAUUUUGAAAGAAGUAAACUGUAAAAUUAAAGGGAGAAAUGAAUAAAUCAGAGCAAACUGAUUGGAAAUUUGGGAGUGAUUGAUUGAUAUAGAAAUAGUACGACGGUCAUAUCAUUAAACUUUCUGAAAUUUCAUAGAUCUUCGGUAACUAGAUAAAAAUUUUUCAUAAUACUUUUGAAAUCAACAAAGAAUAGAAAAAAUAUUAGAUUGUUUCGCGUAUAUUUAAAAGCAUAAUUCUUAUUUAUCAUCAAAUUUUACAAUUUACUCACCACAUACAUUCCUGUUGAAAAUUCAUUUCCAAUAUAGACUCCAUCAGUUCAAAUCAAAUCAUUCGUUGGUAAAAUUUUACUGGAUGAAAAUAAAUUGAAAUUUCUUAUUUUCAAUCCUUUUUCGAUCCUUCCUUUAGGUGUCUGUGAACAUUUGGCCUAAAAUAUAUAAAAAAUAGACACCAUUUUGCGAUUUUUGAGUUUUUAUUUUAUUCUAUUUUCUUAGAUCUAAAAAAAAUGUAUAGUAUUCGCCCUUUUUUUGCUUUAAAAUUACUCUCCCGUUGUUCGUAAAAAUCUAUCACCAAUUGAAAUUUAAUUUAUAAAAAUGUUGACGGUGCUGUAUAACUAUUUCUUUGAAAAAAGGUUCCAAAUUUAUUUUUGGUUUACAUAGCUCUACAUCGAUAAAAACUAUUUUGACAUAAUUUCAUUUUGAAUUAUCUAUAAUAAUAGGAUUUCUAAAUACAGGAACUCUAUAGAAAAAUUUAUCCAUUUUUUAUAUGUGCAUCAAAACCUAAUAUUUUUCUCAUUUAAUUCUUUUGGAAAUACAGUAUUUUAUAAGCUCCAAUAUAAUAAUAAUUAUUAUGCUUUAAUAAUCAUUAUCUAGUCAUUUGUGGUCAUAUAAGAAGUAUGUGUACUAUAAUUCGAGUCUUUCAUCAAAGAUUAAACAAUAAUCAUUAGAACAAUGUAGAUUUCAUUGAUACCAUAUCAUAAAAUGCAGGUUUUAAUUCCUGUUAAAAGUGUUCUUCAUUCAUUAAAAUAUUAAUAUAAUUGAGAUAAUAAGCUUCAUAUUUUUAUGGUAAGAUAGUUGAAUUAUAGUAGUAUUAUUAAUGAACGAAGUAUCUAAAUAAAUUAGAUAAUAAAAAUCUAGAUGUAUACAUGAAACAUAAUUAUUAAUAAAUGAUUGAUAUAUUUUUAGUUUUAGGUUGAAAAUCACCAUUGAUGUGUAUAAUGCACAAGAUAAACUUUCCUUAAACAUUAUUAUUCUCAUUUUUGAUAGCAUUGUAUUUUGUAUCUAUAUUUUUCCCUUUAGUAUGCAAGUCAUUUUUCAAAUAAAUGAUAUUUCUUUUUCAAGCAUAAAAAAUAGCAUUCUCUUCAUGUUCAAUCUGAUCAUUAAAAAAUUAAACACUCUCCUUAUAUACUUAUUGAAAAGUUUUCCAUUGGAACUUAUUGUUCCAUUGUUAUGUUACUACUACACUUCAUACUAGUUCGUUAUUUGAUCUAUGCAUCACAUAAUUUUUCAUUAUUGGUAUUUUUGGAAAGGUAGAGAAUUUUUAAUAUACUGAAAAUAUUUUCUUCAAACAGUUUGCUUCUGCUGCCUGGGUUGUGAUAUCAUUUUCUUGCCUUUUGAAACGUUUUCUCUGGAGUUUUCUCUGUCAUAUUGAAUGUGUGUCAUCUAAUUUUUAUUCUCAGUUUAUUAUUAUCAUCUACUUCUCCAUAUAAUAAAAUUAUAUUUCAUUUUAUUUAUAAACGGGAAUAAAUGUCAUCUGUGCUUACUACUAUCUGAUCACAUUCGAGGAAGAAUUGAACACACUUGUUUCAGAGUUGACCGUUCAUUGUUAAAUAUUAAAUUAUCCUCUUAUAUUCUCUCUCCAAUUUUCAAUUAAUCAUGUAUUUUCAGUCCACACAGAAUAAUAAAUCUUGUUAAUCGUGAUAUUUCACUAUCAUUAUCAGUCCUUCGCUGUUUAUGUAUUACGGUACAAACUUAAUAUUUAUUUUCCAAUAUUUUUGUCAUUAGACUGGUAUCUUUUACACCUGUAAUAAUUGAAUGUUAGUACUGCUAUAACCUGUAAUGAUGAUCAUUUUCAAAUGUCUUUCUACAAUUUAGGUACCUAGUUUCAAAAACCGGUUUACCAAGUGUAAAUGAAGAAAUAAGUAUUGAUUCAUAUUAAUGAAAAAACAAUUAUUAUUUAUCAAUCUAUCAGCUUAUUGUUAUAUGUUAUAGAUAUUUUUAUGUACAAGCAAUUGGGAAUUAUUUGAACAAUAUAUAUUGAUAAUUUUGUCAUAAUAAUCUACAAUAUUUUGGAUUUUGACUCGUGUACUGUGUUUACUCGAUUUUCAACAAAUUACGAGUGACUCAAACUUCAUAAAAUGUGUGUGAAAUGACCAGGCUAUACAAACAUUACCUUUUAUCUCAAACUAGUCAUGAUUCAUUAAAUAAUUGCAAAUGAUAGGCUAGUAGAUUAAGUGGAUGGGACAAGUUUCUACAUACAUUCGAUGUCAUGUUUAUUAAAGGACUUCACUCCUUUUUCAUAGCAAGUCUAAUAUUGUCCAUGUAUUAUUCUCAUUUCUACAAUUCAUACAUUUUUUCUCUAGUCAUUUUUAAGUUUAAGGCUCCUAGCAUCAAACAAAUUGUCAAGUGCAACUCCUUUACACAUUAGAUACUUCAAUUAUCUUGAGUGUUGGACUUGAGAGCUAUCAUUAAGAGGUAGGCAUUAUUUUUUACUUUCCUUUUUUAAUAGUCUUAUAAAGGUACUUAAUUUUUCCCGAAUAUAUAAUUCACAAAUUAUAUUGAAAUUUCUGCACAAGCCAUAUAAUGGCACUGCUGAUCUGAUCUGAUCUAAUGCUGCUUGAUCUGAAAGCUCGUGUGAACUAUGUACGUAAUAAUAUACUGUCGUCUGUCUUUUUAGGUUUUGUGUUUUUAAAGACUCGUUCCAUACCCUUUUCCUAAUUCUGUGAAAAUUCAUAAAAUUAUCUUAAUUAACUCGCAAUUUCUUUUUUGGUGUACGGUACUCGACUGUAAUUUUAUAUUCAACUAUUUAUAAUUUUGCUCGUGCAAUAUUCAAGAAUGGGACUUGAUUCCAAGUGAGUUGGAAUCGACAACCUGUGGCAUGAACUUUUGUAGUAAAUUCUACAUUUUAUACCAUAAUGUAAUCAAAGUUAAUUCGAUAAACUUGUUACCAGUAUUAUAUUUGUUCCUUGCUUCAUUCAUUUAGUGUUAUUUAUUAUGAACUGUCUCUAUAUUAUAUUUGUUAUUCAUUUUAUAAUAAAUCCUAGUUACUCUUUCUUCGUGAUUUUUCAUUGUCAAUAAUAGUAAUAAUUAUAUAGACGAAUUAAAUUACAGUAUUUGUUGUUUGUGAUAUGUUUGCUCUCAAUUUGCUUUAUGAACUGUAACACUUCUUUUUUAUUUUAAGUAGUUUUUUCUGCCCAAACAGGUUUUUGUAACCUUUGGGAUUAUUUUCCAUAUAUAUUGAUUUUUGGUAAUGUUCUUCAGGGUAUGAUUGUGAUUUUUUAGUUUUAUGGUAAUUGUUUCAGUGACUAUGGUAAUUUUAUGCUCUGUAUAUAUUGUAAAAAUGGAAAAUAAAUUGAUUUGAUUUAUGUUGAAUGAUAAUUAAUUCCAGAUCUUUCUUGAAGAGUAAUGUGUCGAUUAUUGUAACAGAAUGAAUCAAUAAUAUUAAAAAAUAUAUAAAUUUAUAUAUAAUAUAAUUUUAUUAAAUAAUGAUCAUCCACCAGCACCAGUAUCUCACUAAGUAUACUGUCUUGUUCAUUUUAAAAGAUUUGAGAGAGAAAUAGUUUAAUUGUAUUUGAGCAUGUUGUUACUGUCUCAACUAAUGUUUCAUUGUAAUUAUUUUGAAUCAAUUGCUUUACUGUACUUGAUAUUGAAUAACAUUCAAUUUAAUAACCCAUUCAAUUCCGUCUUUUAUGGUUUUUUUAAUAUAAAGCUGUUAUUUUAUAAACUAGUUUUCAAUUAAAUUCUUGGUUGCCAAAAUGUAAUAGUCAAAUCGAUAUAAUUGGAACCUACUUCAUGUAAUUAUUUAUAUUGAGUCAAAAAACUUGAAUUUUUUCCUUUUCUCAACCGUCAAUUCACACAUUGCUCUACGAAUGAAAUAUCACGUUGUAGAAAACUAUUAUUCGAUUAAAAUUGGCACGUUACUUCUUUGUUUUAGAACCAUUGUAAUUAAUUAUCUCCUAUUUUAUGCAGUGUAAUGAUUAUUAUUAUCAUGGCGAUACAUGGCGAUUUUUGUGUACAGAACUAUUGAUAACGAUAAAUGAGAGGUGUUCAAUUGUAUUAUAUAUUAUGAUAGUUGAUUUUUGUCCAUCUAGAUCCGAGUCAAGUGAAGUGAUCUUUUUAACAAGUAUCAGUCCAUAAGAAGUAUUAUUAUUGAGGUUGAUUUCAAUAGUAGAAUAUCAAUGUGUCCAUGCUUCGAGUAACAUAUCACAAUAAUCUAUAGUGUAUUGAAAUCAAUGAAUAUUUUUUAUAGCAACAGAACAAGGUUGAAUCGAAUCGGAUAUGAACGAUAUUUGAAUUUGUGGAGCGUGGACUUUACUAGUACAGUAUUGAAUUAUUUGUAGGCCUAUCUCAUGAUUGUGAAAUCGUUUUGUAAUGUUUAGUUAACUGUGAUCGAUAAUAUGAUAAUAGUGUAUCCAGUCCAAGGAUGAUGUCACCAUCCGAAUCAGCAAAGUUCAAAUAUUUGAUGUUUCAAGCUAGGGAUUAUUUUCUAAUAUUUUUAGUAAAUUUAAUGUAUUUUAUUAUAUUUAUAGCUGAGGUUACUAUUCAAUGUGUUUUAGAUUUUAAUGUACUGUAUUAGUCAUAUUAAAUAGAUCUAUCAUUCAUUGGGCUUGGUUAUAUUAUGACCCCAAUUUUAUUACUCAUGGAAACAGUGAAAGUUACACUUAUCUUUCAAUGCAAAUUUCGGUUACAAAGAUAGAAUCAAUAUUUGAAAAUCUUCAAACAAAUCUCCAUAACUUGGAAAAUAUCAUCACCGCUUAUUUUAUAUCAGUAAUGUAUAAAUUCAAGCUUUUAUCUUAUGAUUUCGUAUCAAAGAGCAGCUCGGAAAGUGAAAACCAUCUCAGUCUAAUUCCUAAUGCUUCUAGCUUUCCAUGUAGUGUUAAUUGGUCUAUAAUACAGUACUACCAACUAACUGCUCUUUGUUGAUAUUUAAGAUUCAGAAACAGUGCAAAGGUUGAACAUCGGAUUUAAUUCAUUUGUAUUUUUGUUAAAAAAAUAUAUUGAACCGAAAAACUUUAAAUGGCGUAAAUCUAAUUAUUUAAGGUAUAAUAAGAUGUUGGAUAGAAAAUGGACAUUGUUUGCUAUUAUAAUGUCCAAUAACGAUUAUAUUGUUGUUAAUCAUACCACUGCAAUUUUCAAUGUCUGCAUGAAACAAAUUCUCUCUUAAAUUUGGAAAAUUAAUUAUUUAUUGAAUAUUUGCUAUUCAUCAUGAUAUUAUGUAUUCCAUAUCUAUAUUCAAAAAUAUUAAUUCUAAUCUUCAAUAACGCUUUUUUCAUGUUUGAUCAUUUUAGCGCUUAUGUCGUUUUUAAUGUGUGAUGGAGAUUUUGAAGUCAUUUAUGAUGGAUAAUUUAUUGAGAACUCAAAUAAUUUGUUAGAUGUCUUGACAUUAAUUAAUAAUAAUUGUAAUGAUAAUAACUGUGUAAUGUUCAUUUUAAUUUUUAUAGGAUUGUCCUUCCCCAGAUCUGUUAUGUAAUAUAAGAUGUUCCUAUUGGCUCACCUUGUACCCCUUCAAGUGUUAUCAAUAUUUGAUAUUUUGCUGAAUUUGCAACUUAGUUCCUUGUCAAGUGGAAAUGAAGCUUUAUUUGUAUGCGUUUGUUGUUAACUGUGUUUGUUAUGUUUGCUAGUAAUUGUAUAGUAUUGAUUCGCUUAUUAUAUAUUCCUUUAUACAUGUUUUGAAAUCGUACCUAAGUAAUUACGUUUUGUAACUCAAUGUUUAUGUAAUUGAAUUAAAACGAUUGUAUUGUAAGAUA